AAUCUUACCAUUUUCGCAGCUUAUCCUUGUGGUAGGUGUGGUCUCGGUACAAAUUCUACUCCUGUUAAUGCUUGUUCUCUUACGCACGCCUCGAGCGAAACUUUAUUACCCGGAAAUCUCCACGGUGUAUCUCGACUGUUCCACUUCAAAUUUGGACUUCGGACUCUCCCAAGUGUACAACUUCCUUCUGAUUUCCAUGUGCACUGUUUACGCGUUCAAAACACGGAAAAUCCCUAGCAAUUUCAACGAGGCGAAGUACAUCGCCUUCGCCAUGUACGCAUCGUGCAUAGUGUGGCUAGCAUUCUUGGCCGUGUAUUACAUGGAAGAAGAUUACAAUCAAAAACCUCUGAUUUUGUGCGUAAGCGUUUCUUUGAUAGCGUUUGUUCUGCUGGGCUGCCUUUACGGACCCAAGGUGUACAUCAUUCUUUUCCGGCCACACAGAAAUGUCCGCAGGCAUGUUAACCCAAGCUUGAGUCUGUCCAGUCUGAGUAAAGAGAAGGGCCAGAAGUCUGCGCAUGCGUACGUUGGAGUGAACGACAAUGCUGGCAACGAGGGAGAAGAGGUCCCCGGCAGUAGUGCCGAGGACGCAGUAGCAAACCAACCUACGUUUUCUGAUUCUAGCGCGCCUGCAUCCGUGUGCCUGGAGGGAAAUGGCCAUCUCAUCAAAAAGCAGGAGAUGGAGAAACUUAUAAAGCAUUUGAAAAAGGAAUUGCUUUCCACGAAGGAAUCCCUGCGCAUGACACAAGACCAGCUACUCAGACGCAUGCAGAACAGCCGCAGUUGGGGAGACCUUAGAGAAACCAGUGUACCGCAAGGAUACGAAAAGUUACAAGGAAAAGACGAAGCUUGUUCAGGGAAGACUUUAAACAAUGGAUCAGCAAAGACGCCGAAAGCAUCCUAUGACGACGAAAAACAAAGAGAAAAUUCAGCUCAAAAAGCAACUGACACCAAACAGACGAAAAGACAGAGGUUGCGGCAGCGAAGUGGAAAGACGUCUCCAUCACAGCAGAGGCUAUUAAUGUCUAUUCCGCAGAGUGACGUCAGAGACGAAAACGGCAAGCACAGACAUUUUGGGGGUGAGGCUGCUGAUUACAAAGUUGCGGGUUGCGAAAUUGGUAGCAGGGAACAAGGUGUUAAGGGAAUGAAAGCUGGCCAAGAAGUCGAGAGGGAAAAGUUGAACUACACAGAUAAAAGACUAACAAAUGAGAGAUACGUUGAAUGGAGGCGGUUAGGUGAAAAUGCAGUUCGAAGAAAAAGCUUUGACGAGUCUUUAAGGACAAGAGAAAGACUGUGUCAAUCCGAGGUUGACAUAAAUGUUAUAUCAACCGAUCAAGACUUGUUGGAAGAGGAGGCGUUUAGGAGAAAUGAUAAAAUACAAAGUGAAGAAGAGAAAUGUAGGACGGACACAAAAAAUAAUUGUGAAACGUGUCAAGGACUUUUGAGUGACGACAAACACAACAGAGUUAUAUGCACCGCUUUAUGACAAAUUGCAAUGGGGGAGAAAACAAGUAAUAUCAGUAUAGGUGCUAUAUAAAUUGACGGUCAUUGAGAAAUUUAAUUUCUCCUUGGGAAACUGGAAAAUUCUAACGCGUUGACGGUGAGCCUUUGCCUGACACAAAAUAACUUGAAAUAAGUGAAAUGAUAAUUGAAAGAGAAGCUGUAACCGAAAUUGAAAACGUGAUCCUCUCUUUCAAGACGAAAAACUAUUGCGACUCUUGUAGUAUCAAUUUUUUAACGCCGGGUUAUGCAUUACAAAGAGGAAGCCACCAGGUCAAACUGCUUUGUCGUAAAACCCGUCUCUAUCAGAUCUAGCGCUUUGGGUACCAAGUUCAAGCUUACGGGUUUUCAGAGACUGAUCACAACCAGCAAAGAGUCUGGGUAAGAGUGUACCUCCCAUUAACGCAUGCGCUUUUUUAGAGCGGUUUUUAAUUGAUUGUCGAAAGUAAUUAGGCAAUUAAUUUGGUUUUGGUUUUACGCCGGUUUAAAAUUGGCUAAGUAGUUUAAUUGGUAAGUAAUUGGUUUGGUUUUGGUUUUACGACACUCAAUUGAAAAACGCUCUUAGCUAGCUGCAAGACUAAUUAAAGCUGAAUUUUGUGCCAAACACGUCAAUUCAUGGCUUUUUCCACGCGUUAAGUAAAUUAGGUGGGAAGCAGUGCGGUGAAUGGCCACGUUUCGAAACUAACCCGCGAGCCCCUGGAAGAGGCUAAUAAUAACAGAAUAACAUAUAAAAGACAUAAAAAUAUAUAAAUAGGCGAAGAAAUGAAUGAGUGAGCGAUCGAUCUAACGAAAGAAUGAAGUGGAGUAAAUGAAUAGAAGAAUUAAAUUGAUAGAGUUUUAACUAGGAACACUGACUGAGAAAUUUAUUAAAACUUCAUUGAAAAUGUCUAGACGUCGCUUGACUGAUAACUCUGAUCCCAAAGCCUGAACUCCUUUAUACGUUUUAUGGGGGAUGGGGGUGGGGUGGGGGAAAUGGGACGACGACAAAUCAUAACGGGCGGGAAAACAUUGUCUGUCACCCUCUAGCUAUUUGAUGACUUCUAGGUUCUUUUCAAAACACUUCUUUGAUUUUUUUCCUCGUAGAGAACCUGCUCGCAAGCUAUUUCAGUUUGAAUCAUUAUAAUGUCUAUCUUUUGCCACUCUUCUCGAUAAAAUUCCGUUGUUAUCGCCGUUCGGCGGGUCGCAUUUUUGGUCCUUACCAAAAAUACUUACGUAAGCCUUUCCUUGCUAUGUUCUUGAAACAAUGCUCAGUUCUAUGCAAGAAACAAUCCAGUUCAGCGAUUUCCCACUUGAAAAAUGCAUUCCGUAUCACUGAAAGCGCUAAAGCAGCAAUUUUCCAAAAUGGCGGUUGCUGGGAACAUCGCCUGAAUCGUCCUCCUCUACUCCUUGUACUACUGCAAGAGAAUUUUGAAAAUUUUGGCCCAAGUGAUUCAAAAUCGGUCUAUUUUUGAAACAAAAAUAAGAUAUAUUUUAAGGGCUUUUCGAGAUAUUCAGAAAAAGUUUUGUGAUAUUUAGAGAAUUUUUUGAGAAUUCUACGUUAUAUUCCUGGAAAGGCCUACGGCUUACCUGCAAUGUGUCUUAUCUUAGUAGGCGCGUGUGGUGUGACAAUCCGAUCUGGCGUGUCACGCAAUCAUUGAUUUAGGAAACACCGGAAUUUCCGCUGUUUGUUAUUAACCGGAUCUGUCAGCACAGUUGCUCCGGAGACGCUGUAGUCAUUGUGCAACGCAUAUCAGCCUGCUAGCGAGUUUAUGCAGGAUAUUGUAAGACUUAACUGUAUUUAAAAGGCUCGAACUACAUUGUUGCGUUUUAUGACAACGAAAAGUUGAUGCUGAAGGCAUAAAGUUACUACAAUCACCUGUCGUAGUAAAUGAAGCCAGAAUUCAGAAAGUAAGGGCGGUGGAACAUUUUUACAAAAGGUUUUAAUAUGGACACGAAAAGUCUAAUAGCUAUAGUUUGCGUCGUAAUCGCCAUCAUUAUUCUGCUUACUCUCACAAUUUACACCGUAGUGACAGCUUGGAGGAAAAUAAGCAGAGAACACGCACAGAGGCAGCACUCUCCCACUGCAGCCGCGCACUCGUAUGAAAAUGCGGAAUGUAUCAAAAACGAACACACGGCAAGCGACAACAACUUUACGGGGGACAUGGCCGGAGGAACGAGCAGUGAAUGCGAGAAGAUAACUUCUGACCACUGUCAGAGUGCGGAUUCAAAUGAUCGAGUGACAAUGGCGAGUACACACAGUGGGCAAUCCACAGGAGAGAGCGUGCAGGUCCAAGUGGAGACAAAGGAUACACGCUUUUGAAAGCGGAGGGUUUCUACGCAUGCUCUGUCCCGUCGUAUCGUUUGAACAAGUUCAGAAAGAAUCAGACAUGUUGCACAAACUGUUUGGAAUCAAAGGUGACAAUUUCUUUGUGUAAAUUUUGUAUGAGAAACAUUUUGGUAAAGAUGGAUUGUGAGGAUUUAACUCAUACGGCUUUUACCAUGAGGGGAAACGUUCUGUGAACGAAAACCUACUGGCAUGGGUUAUUAAUUUCUUUUUAUCUGCACGUUUAAAAGGGACACUAAUUCAGUUUUAUCUAACUGCGAUGUAAAGACGUUUUACACACACCGUUUUAUAUUUUGAUUUUCUGGACAUAAAGAAGAGCAUUUUGUAUUCUAAGACUAAGGCCUCUGAUGUGGUUGUAAAAUUUUGACGAUCGACCACAUAUGUACAAUAGAUAAUUGUUCUAAGGUUUUUUUAAAUUUGUUUUGCCAAAAAAAGAAAGUACAAUGGGUAAGCUAAGAAGGCCAGAAACAUGAAAGAAAGGCCAGCUAAUAGUUUUUAAUGGAGAUAAACUAUGCACAGAUGAUUUUGUAUACAUGAUAACUAAUCGUAAUAAAUUUGUUUGAUAGUAAAUGUAAAA